GGUAGAUUGAAGUGACGUUUAAAUGUAAAAAGAAGGAAAAAAAAACAGCAAAAUAUUUUAACGAGAAAAGAGAAACAACUUUGAGCGGAAAAUCCUAUUUGCUGCAUAAAAUACGACAAAUACGCAUUUCCCAUUGACUUAGUGUAAGCAUGGCUGUGGACCAAAUUCAGUACUCGGAAAAAUAUUACGAUCAAAUUUACGAAUACCGACAUGUUAUUGUGCCACAAGAAAUCGCACGAAACGUUCCUAAGACACAUUUAAUGUCAGAGACUGAAUGGCGAAACUUGGGGGUGCAACAGUCUGUUGGCUGGGUACAUUAUAUGCUACACGCACCUGAGCCUCACGUUUUAUUGUUUCGACGACCGAUUGAGACAGAUACAGCAGAACAGCGGCAGUAACAAAUAUUGAUACGAGCAGCAUGUUGUCUCAACGAUAUUAGGUGUGAUAUUAAAAAUUUAUUAAGUAAAUCAGA